GAGAGAAAGAGAAGCAUAGAGUGAGGGAGGGAAGCAAGCAGGAGAGUCUCUCUCUCUCUCUUUCUCUCUCUCACACACACACACACACACACACACUCCCGUACACAUUCGCACCAGCUGUGCUGUUGUCAGUCUUGGAAUGUAAGCACUGCCGCGAGGAGUCAGAUUCUCCACCGCUAAGCACUGCUAAGGAGUAGGAGCACAGCACCGUGCACUCUGUGACACAGAUGGAUGCUAAGCCGUGAAAAAUCAAAGGGAUCCAGAAGGACGUCAAAGGAAGGAAUACAAUGUCUGUUCUGAUGACACCACCUUCCAGUGUUCACCCCCUCACGAGCGCAUCGCCAUAACUCAGAAGUCAUCCAGGACAUUUCCCAGCUGACUUGGAUACCAUGAUAACCAACCGGGCUCUGCUUCUCCCCCUGACGCUGUCUUUCCUGUGGCCCAGCGCGGCCCUUCCGUUCACGCCUGGGAAUAUUGGGAAUCUGUUUGGGACGGCGGAGAGUGAUGGGAAGGUUCUCCAGCGGUCCAAGCGGGGAUGGAUGUGGAAUCAAUUCUUUCUGCUUGAGGAAUACACGGGAAACGACCAUCAAUACGUCGGCAAGCUGCACUCCAACAUGGACAAAGGCGACGGCAACGUGAAGUACGUCCUGACCGGAGACGGGGCGGGCACCCUGUUCCUGAUCGAUGAGAAGUCGGGGGACAUUCACGCCACCAAGAGGCUGGACAGAGAGGAGAAAGCCAUGUACACGCUACACGCCAAGGUCCUGGACAGGAACACCAAUGAAGAGCUGGAGCCCGACACCGAAUUUAACAUAAAGAUUCACGACAUCAACGACAACGCGCCCAAAUUUGCGAAGGAAGUCUUCUUCGCCAGUGUCCCUGAAAUGUCUGAAGUCGGUACAUCUGUUGCCACCGUGACUGCGACCGAUGCUGAUGAUCAAACGUAUGGGAACAGUGCCAAGCUCGUAUACAGCAUCCUACAGGGACAGCCGUAUUUCUCCGUGGAAUCUGAAAAUGGGACCAUUAAGACAGCCCUGUCUGGCAUGGACAGAGAAGUCAAAGAGAACUACCAGGUUGUGAUCCAGGCUAAAGACAUGGCCGGACAAAUGGGCGGGCUCUCAGGAACCACCACGGUCAGCAUCACCCUCUCCGACGUGAACGACAGUCCGCCACGCUUUGCUAACCAUUCGUUCCGUGUGACUGCCGUGGAGUCUACGGAGAUUGGAGGCGCCAUCGGCCGCAUCAAGGCUGAUGAUCCAGAUGUGGGCCGCAACGCUGAGAUGGAGUACAGCAUCGUCGGCGGCCAUGACAUAUUCAACAUCAUCACUGACCAGACGACACAGGAGGGAGUCAUCAUAAUCAAAAAGGCACUGGAUUAUGAAAGCAAGAGGGACUACGAGUUCAGAGUGGAGGUGAAAAACACCUACUUGGAUGCGAGGUUCAUCCACGGUUUGCAAUUCAAAGACUACGCUACAGUCAAAGUGACGGUGGAGGAUGUGGACGAGUCCCCGAUUUUCACCAGGAACCCUUACAUCAUCGAGGUGCAUGAGGACACGGCGGCCGGCAGCUUCGUCGGGGUGGUGUCGGCCAGGGACCCCGACGCUGACGACAAAUCAGUCAAAUACUCCAUUGAUCGACACACUGAUCUUGAGAGGCUGUUCAACAUUGACUCUAUGAAUGGCACGAUCACCACAUUGAAGGCACUGGACAGAGAGAUGUCCAAGUGGCACAACAUCUCCGUGGUGGCCACUGAAAUUAACAAUCCACGUCAGACAACUCGAGUGCCUGUGUUCAUCAAGGUGUUGGACGUCAAUGACAAUGCCCCCGAGUUCGCAAUGUCCUACGACACGUUUGUCUGUGAGAACGUCAAAGCGGGGCAGCUGAUUCAGACAAUAAGUGCUGUGGACACAGAUGAGCCCCUGGUUGGACACAAGUUUGUCUUCAGUAUAAGUGCCACCAACCCGAAUUUCACCAUCAUUGACAGGGAAGAUAACACUGCCAAUAUCCUGACGCGGAGGGGAGGUUUUAGCCGGCGAGAGAUGAGCAUGUACUUCCUGCCCGUAGUGAUCUCCGACAAUGACUACCCCAUUCAAAGCAGCACCAGCACGCUGAUAGUGCGUGUGUGUGCUUGUGACAGCCGUGGAAACAUGCAGACAUGUAACCCUGAGGUCCUGCCCUUCUCAGAUGGUCUCACGACUGGAGCUCUGGUGGCCAUACUGCUCUGUGUCAUCAUUCUCCUCAUGAUCGUGGUGCUGUUUGCUGCCCUGAGGAGACAGAGGAAGAAGGAGCCUCUGAUCAUCUCCAAAGAGGAUGUCAGAGACAACGUCGUCAGCUACAACGAUGAAGGGGGUGGAGAGGAGGACACUCAGGCCUUUGAUAUCGGCACGCUGCGCAACCCGGAGGUGAUGGAUGCCAACAAGCUACGCAGGGACAUCAUACCCGAAAUGCUGUUUCCCUUUCGGAGGACAUCACCUAUAAAGGAUAACACGGAUGUCAGAGACUUCAUUAACGGGAGACUUCAGGAGAAUGAUUCAGACCCCACGGCACCCCCCUAUGACUCCCUGGCCACGUAUGCUUAUGAGGGCAACGGGUCGUUGGCCGAAUCCCUCAGUUCACUGGAGUCCGCUGCCACUGAGGGGGACCAGGAUUAUGAUUACCUCAGCAACUGGGGACCACAUUUUAAAAAGUUAGCGGAGAUGUACAUAGGGAGGAGCCCUGACAGAGAGACCUAGACAGAGCCAUGACAGUCUCUCUUUUUUCGAGCCCAUUUUCUUUCUGUCUGUUUAUCUAGCUAGCUAGCCAGACAGCCAUUUUGUCUAGUUAGUUAGCUGGCGAGUUAGUUGACUGUCUGUCUGCCUAUCUAUCAAGCUAUCUAUCUGUUUAUCUGUCUAGUUUGCUAGCUAGCUCGCUAGUCAACUAGUUGUCUAUUUGAUUCUUGUGCACAUGUGCGUGUACGCACAGAUGCACAAACACACUCGCGCACAUACACACACACACGCUCACUAAGAGAGAAAACUCCACAAUCCACAUGUGGAUGCAGAAACGGAAAUUAAGACUUGAAUGGAGUUGAAUUUUGUCAUUAAUGCAGAUACAGUAUAAAUCUCAAACUUUUACCGUUUUUGGUCAUAAUCAGUGAAGAUGCCUUUGAAUUUUAGGAAUUUUUGUGAACAAUGGUGUGGACAAUGUGUUUUGUAAUUGACCUGAGGAUAGUAGUAUUGUAUACUAUCAAUGUUUAAUGGUACUGUUCUGGGUUUUUUGGGGGGAGGGGUCGAACGGCUUUUCCGGCCAACUCCAAUAAAUACUGUAAAUGUACAAAGUGGUUUUUAAAUGAUGGACAUCCUAUAUACUAUUUCCUAUCUUCGUUUGACGAGCAAUGUUCACGUGAAUGGUUGGUGCAGUUUAUUUGUCAAACUGUGAAUUCAUUUCAUCAUAUAGGUGUAACAUGUAAUGGAAAGUGUAUGUUGUAGGAAAACUGUCAUACACGGACUUCAUGCUGUUUGAAUGCGGAGUCAUAUUGUUUUCUAUUUAUAUUUUUAUACUUAUUUUCUUAAUAAAAUUAUGUAAAAAAAAAAAAAAAAAAAA